AUGUCAGGUAACGCUAUUAAUCAAACUCCACAUCACUCUGAAGUGGCGCACAUAGAAGCAACAGUGAGGAACAAGAACAGAACAGCAAAAGUUGAACCCACUAAUGGCGAUGAAUGGGUUGAGCAAGAUGAACCAGGUGUAUAUAUUACCCUUGUUUCAUUGCCCGGAGGUGCCAAAGAUCUCAAACGUGUCCGUUUCAGUCGAAAGCGUUUCAGUGAAAAACAAGCAGAACAAUGGUGGGCAGCCAACAGAGCUAGAGUAUAUCAGCAAUACAAUGUUCCCAUGGGUGAGAGGUCUCUUGUUAGUGUGGGGAGAGAAGGGUUAGCUCAUUGA